GCAGGAGCCAGCUAGGAAUCGAAAGUGUGCAGUGUGUUGUUAGUGUACCAAGAAUCAGCUGGUGUUGUUGGGAUUAAAUGUUCUGUUGAAAUGGCCGGAAUUAAAGCACUCAUCAGCCUGUCGUUUGGAGGGGCCAUCGGGCUCAUGUUCCUUAUGUUGGGGUGCGCCCUCCCAGUGUACAACCGGUAUUGGCCUCUGUUUGUCCUCUUCUUCUACAUCCUGUCUCCCAUCCCCUACUGCAUCUCGCGGAGGGUCGUCGACGACACGGACGCUGCCAGCAACGCCUGUAAAGAGCUGGCCCUCUUUCUAACUACGGGCAUCGUGGUCUCAGCCUUUGGCCUGCCCAUUAUUUUUGCCAGAGCUGACGUGAUCGCGUGGGGAGCAUGUGCUCUGGUGCUCACCGGGAACGUGGUCAUCUUCGCCACCAUCCUGGGGUUCUUCCUAGUCUUCUGCUCCAAUGAUGACUUCAGUUGGCAGCAGUGGUAAAAUGAUAUGGGGGGAGGGGUUUGGGGGUGGGGCUUGCUUCAGAAAGGUUUUUUAAAUUAUUGUUUUUUUUUUUUAAUUUAACUGACCAGCCAUCCAUAGACAUACAAAAAAGGUCCGUGCAAUAACCUGAAUUGGUAAAACGUGCUUUCAGAAUACUAAAAAAAAAAAAAAGUUCUGGCUUCACAUGGACGCUUUGACAGGGACUUGUUUUACAAGUUUUUUUUUUUUUUUUAAUUCACGUUUUUUUUUUUGGUCUCUUUUUAUACAUACAACCUUUGAAUGUAAAAUGCAAAAAAGGGAUAUAGGUUGAAUAUUCUGGCCUCUUUAAUAGCACAAAUGCAAGAUUACUACUGCAUAUCUGUCCAGUCUCACAGUAACUGAAACAAGAUUUUGUUGAUGUCAUAAUUAACAUAGACUAUUUAGAGUAUAUUACUUAAUUAACUCUUGUUUACUAAUUUGAAUAAUCAGAUUGAUCAUUUUAUUUUCUCUGGCUGAUAUGGUAUAAGAUUCAUUGAUGGAACAGAAAAUGGCAUGAAAUAUAUCCUUUUGAAAAAGAAGGCAGCAUGAGAGUCAAACUGGAAGGCCCAACCUGUGUACAGAAUUCUCACAGUGGGUUAGCCCCUUUUUAUACACAGGCUGUAUACUGGAAGUAAGACAGUAAAAAAGGUCUACUGAUAUUCACAGUGCAGGACAGUGUUUGAUAUAGCAUUCACUGAUCUGUCAGUGAACCUUCGUAAAGCAAAGUAGCUCCUCAAGCUCCUCGAGCAACGCUAACUCAGUUGCGACCUAUGGGAGGAAAAGCACUUUGGCAUUGCUGACAUGUACAUGGAACAGUUUUUUUCUGUAAGUAGUGUUACGGUUAUGCAGAGCUAUCUCGAUGGAUGAAGCGUUCCUCAUUAACGCUCAAUAUACAUCUCCUCCGAACGGCACCUCGUGAGAAUGUGCCAUCCAAAGGAAAGGACAGAAGUUGUUUCAGUUCACCAAAGAUCCGUCACACGUCCUUAUUAGUCUCUUUAAAAGCCGCAAGUUGGCACUGACAAACAAAGAUUCCAUCAGGAUUGUCUGUAUGCGAGCCCUUUAAAGCAAAGGUAAUGGCUUAGGCUUAUAAUUACACAUGCAAUAUUCAGUCAUGAAAUAAAAGGGCACCAACGACCACUAUUGUUCUAUAAUAAUUGUAUGUCUCAUAUCCUGUGGUGGUGGUAUUGGGUAAAACUACAUUAAGCACAAUGUAUCCAACCAAUAUAGCAGUGCAGGUUAACAUGAGUGUUAAAUUCCAGCUCAUAUUGAAUCAGCAUCUCUGCAUCUCUCCUCAUUAAUUUGUAACUAGUAACCUGUUUUCCCAGAGUCACUGUGGUAUAUGCUUUGUUGUGUCUUUCGUGAUCAUAAUUUUAUACAUUUAUUGUCAGCUUUUGUCAUCAUUUACAGGCACUGUGGUCUCUAGAGCAAGCGGUCAUUUCAUACAUAGAUUGAGAAACUGUGACUCUGUUAAAGCACUGGCACAAAUGUGGUACUUCUUGCAUUAUAGUAUUCCUUUUCCUGUUUGUUUUAUUUUGUUUGUUCGUUUCUUUGAUAGUUCUGAGCGCUUGCAGAGAUCAGAGGUUACAAGGAAAUGGUCCAAUAGUAUUUUCUACAUUACCACAGUCUAAACGGGCAGUGUUUUUUGUUUUGGCAAGUUAGUUAAUUGAGAGGGAGCAAUGUUAUUAUAAGGCUGUACGUUUUUUACCCUUUAUUUUCUUUUAUCAUUUGCUGUUGUUGAGGUUGAAGAAAACAUACUGCUGUUUCCCUCAUACAGGUGGUCCCUAUUUUGACGAUACAAAGAAAGUGGAAAACUUUUUAAGCUGACUUUACUAUUUUCCCCACAGAUGCGAUGUUAUAAGAGGGGGUCAUAUUCCCGAACACAGGCUAAGAAGGCUGACACAUUUUUUUAUUAGUGGGUUUUACUUUUACAUUAGCAUAUUUAGACUUGCAUACACGCAAGGAGCAGUGUACAUGUUAAGCAUUGCUAAGACGCUGGACAGGUGUUUAUUUAGUGACCGCGAGAACAACGGCACAUGCAAUCAAAAGAACAAAAUGCAAAGAUCAUCUUCAGCUCCCACUUUCGGGUUCGCUGAAUGAAAUCAACAAACAAACAGACGACACAGUACAACAAACUCGAACAAAGAUCCCCGACGGAGUUACACCGCAGCUAUUUUUCUCGUGCUUAUUGUCGCUCUCUUGUCGAUUACUGUUUGUUGGAUAGAUAAAUGAAAUAUAAACGCUGGCAUUUAUCAGAGUCGUAAAUGCAAAAAGUCUUAUCGUAAAACGGGGGGUGGCUGUAUUGCGAAAAUACGGCUUAAAUAAGCAUUAAGUUCUAGCAACAUGCAUACUCGCAUACAGUUCGUUGAGGUUAAAUCGGCAUGGAUUGAAAUGGAUGUUAAAGGUGCCCAACUAAACUCAGAUGGGGAAAAGAAACCUUCUAUAAUAACAAACGCCGUCAAAGAUGCUGUGUGGCAGUCGACCUUGUGGUAUUUAUGCCUGUUGUACUUGGUUUCACUGUGACGUUAUGACCGGCACAUGGCGUUUCUAAGAUGGAUUGCUUCUUUGUAUGAAAGCUUGGGAAAUGUUUGUUAGGAUUGUUAUUUAUGAUUUAUUAUUUUUUGUAUUCUUUAAGUCCAUAAUGUACACUGAAAGGAAGCAUUUGUCAUGAAUAACCGAUUUUAUGAAAGGCAUAACUGUUUAUACAUGUGGAUAUGUUACUGACAGAUUUUUAAAAGUCCUUUAGCCUUUGGUUUCUGUAUUUAUGCAUUUAUUUAACUAAUACACUGUGUAGAUCUUUUUUUUCUUUUCUUUUCUUUUUAUGUAUACAAAAUUGUGUUGUGUGCGGAGCAAUGUCGUUGUGGUGAACCUGGAAACUUUU